AUGUCGGAUGGCGGACGCCUCUCCGAAGCCAACAACACAUCGCUCGGCACCGUGUCCGCUGUUUUGACUCACUGUUUGGAGCAGAAAAAGAUUCUGAGAAAGGUUGACUGGCGCCUCGUUCCGCUCUUGUCUUUUCUGUAUCUUGUGUCCUUUAUUGACCGAGGAAACUUGGGCAAUGCCAAAGUUGCUGGGCUAGGAGAAGAUCUCCAUCUCUCAGGAACACAGUAUAACAUAGCCGUGACAUUGUUUUUCAUCCCCUAUUCGCUGUUGGAGGUUCCAAGCAACAUCAUCCUCAAGCUCACUAGACCAUCGAUCUGGAUCUCAUUGAUGAUGUUUUCUUGGGGACUUGUCAUCACUUUGACUGGAAUUGUUCAAAACUUUUCUGGUCUUUUGGCCAUUCGUAUCUUCCUCGGAGUGGCAGAGGCUGGAUUCUUCCCUGCAGCGACCUAUCUCCUCACUGUCUGGUAUACACGUUAUGAAGUUCAGUCUCGAAUGGUGUUCUUUUACGCGGCAGUCUCACUUGCCGGAGCAUUUUCAGGCCUACUCGCAUAUGCCAUCCAGAAGAUGGAUGGAGUAGCAGGACUGGAAGGCUGGCGAUGGAUUUUCAUCUUGGAAGGGAUAUUUACUGUUUUCCUUUCAUUCUUCAUCUGGUCUUUGCUACCUGAUAGCCCUAGCACGGCACCUUUCCUGACUACUGAAGAACGGGAGUUUAUCGUCCUGAGACUAGAACAGGACACGGGUUCUGGACGAGGCAGAGUUACAAACAAUGACAAAGUAAACAAGCAGCAAGUAAUUGCUGGUCUCACGGAUUGGAAAGUAUGGGCAGCUGUGUUUAUGUAUUGGGCCACCAGCAUCUCAUCCUACGGCUUCACCUACACAGUCCCAACGGUAAUUCUCGAACUUGGUUACACUGCUGCAGAUGCUCAACUCCUUACUAUUCCAAUUUACGUUGUUGCCAUGAUAUUUACUGUUGCAAAUGCCAUGGCUUCGGAUUACUACCGGCAAAGAACUCCGUUCAUACUUUUGGGAGUUUCGGUUGGAAUAGCCGGGUUCACAGCGUUACUAGCAAUUCCCCACCCGCAGCUUCCAGGACUGACGUAUGGCAUGUUGUUUCUUGCAACAUCUGGAAUCUACAUGUCGUUGGUCCCUACUCUAUGUUUUGUCGCAAACAACCUUGCUCCUUCGUCUAAAAGAGCCGUUGGCAUGGCUCAUCUCAUUUGCAUGGGGAAUCUUGGAGGUAUUGCAGGCUCCAACAUCUUUCUCGCAAAAGAAGCACCUCAUUAUUGGACAGGCUAUGGGUUCAUCUUGGGAAUUGACUGUCUAGCAUUCAUUACAUGCUUAACCCUUCGUCACAUAUUGAUGGGAAUCAAUAAGAAGCGCGAUCAAAUGACAGAAGAGGACAUAAGAGAGAAGUAUGGCAAUGUUGACUUACUGGAACUUGGUGAUCGCAGCCCAUACUUUAGGUAUACUUUAUAG